GAUAAAAUGAGUAGCUAUUAAUAACAGAAUAGUAGAAUAUAAAAAGAUAUCUAAAAUCAAAAUCAACUAAUAAAAUUAGUUAAAGAGUAGGGAUAUCUAGAACCAUUAUGCAAUAGUUGCUAAAUAGAUAAUUAGGAAGUUUAAUAAAGUGAGCUAUUGACUCUCAAUUAAUCUCUUCAACAAUUGCUGAAGUAAAUCGAAGGUUAAGAUGAAAAAAUUCAUCUUGAUAUGCUAAAUAUUGAUUCACUCAAAUCGAAAAUAUCAAAUAUAGCCAAAGGAUUUGUUUUUAUUGCAAGCAAGUAUUCUAAAAUAAGUUAGCAUCUUAGCAAUUUUGAAAAAACGGUAUCUUAUUGGUGUGAUUUACCUAGCUAAAUAAAGAUAAGAAUAUAAUUGCUAAUGGAGAGUCUAAGUAAAGACAAAUCUGAGGCUAACUUUUAAAAAGUAGUAAAGGAGAGAGAGGCAAUUUUAGUAAAUGUUAAAAAUAACAAUUCUUUUUUAGAAAACGAAGAAGAUUUAGAAAAAAGGCGCUAAUACAUUUAUAAAUUAGAAAACUAUACUGAAAAAUUGAAAGAUCAAAUUGAAAUUUGUAAUUUUAUAGCUGAUAAAAUAUUUUCAAAUUUAGAUUACGAGAAGUUCUAAGUAAACUUUAGGGAAAUUGCUGAUUAGAAUUUAGCGAGUAAAUUUAAAUACAAACUAAAUGAUGAAUCUCUAGAAGGAAAGCUUUAACAGGUAUAAAGUGAAUUAAAUACAUGCAAAUAGCAAAAGAAAUCCAUAGAAAAUAUGUAUUUAAACUUGAAAAAUUAUUUGAGUUAAACUGGUAUUAAAGUUCCUGAAACAGUUUUGUAAAUUAAUUGUGUCAUGUCUCCAAGUAAAAGGGAUUUGUUGCCAUCAAAAAAUUAAAAUAAAAAUGAGGAACUCGAAACAGAUUAAAAUUUGAUAGAAAAUUCUAAAGAAAUGAUUUUAAGGCUUAUGUAAAAUAAUACUUAGUUGAAUGAAUUAGCAAAAAAAGUAAUUGAAGAAAAUAAAUCUUUGAAAUAAAAGAUUAAUUCGUAUGUUGAUAAAAUAAAUAGCAUUUCACCAAUUAUUAGUUUAUCAAAUUAAAAAAAUACAACUCUUAAUUCUCAUCCUUAAAACUUGAAAAAUUCUUUAGUUACAUAAGUAAGCGAAAUUUAAUAGGUUUCUAGUUUUUCUCCCAAUCCAAAAUCAUUUAAAUCUCCAACUUCCACAAAACAAAAAGUUGUCUUUGAAUCUAUUCGAAAUAGUUAUUCUAAAUCCCCACUUAAAAAAUAUUAUGCUUUAGAUAAUACUGUUUAAUCGAUAGAUAUUGAAUGCUCUUAAACUUUGAAUAUAAUGAAAUAAAAAGAUAGCGAAUUCACAGACUUGUAAGUUUAAAAAGAUGACUUAGAAAAAGAAGUCAAAGACUUACAAUAGAAGUUAGACAAAUAGCAAAAUGUUAUAAAUGAAUGCUAAGAAAGUAUUUCAUCUCAAAAAUAGUCUUAUGAGAAAGAAAUUUAGUCAUUAAAAAACUAACUAAUAAACUGCCAGCAGGACACUUAAAUAUAUUAAAAUAAAUGCAAUAUAAUCCUCCAAGAGAAGCAAUAGCUUUUAUUAUAAUUGCAGAUAUCGGAAUAAACUGUACUAAAUUUGAGAUAGCUACUUGAAAAGAUUUAUUCAUAGAAUAAAAUGUAAUUAAACUAAGACAGUUACAUUGAUGAAUAAAUUAAAAUAUUAUAGGAAAAUUAAAAUGUUUAAUUUGAUCAUCUUUAAUUCUAGGAUUCAUCAGUUCAAGAUGAUCAAAAUAUAAUUAAUAGUUAAGAACAAUUUAAUGAAAAUAAUCCUUUUUAGAUAAUUAAUCUCAAAAAUAAUAGCCCCAAUAUUUAAAUGUAAAGAUACUCUUCGUUUGAUAAACAAGAUUACUCUCAAAACAGCAAAAUAAAAAUAAACUCCUUGAAAGAUGAUCACAAAAGUAAAAUGCAAAAAAAAUUUAAAAGAAGUAGUAACUAAAAAGAAAAUUUGAAUGAUCACAUUUAAGUUGAAAUCAAUUAAUAAAAUAUUGAUUAUUCAAUAGAUUCUUAAGACGAGUUCUACCAUGGUUAAGGGUCAGAUAAUAUUGAAAGUUUUACUCCCAAAAGGAAAUAAAAUAAUUCAGAUCCAAAUAUUCACUUUAGAUAAAUUUAAAAUAAAAACUAGUUAAAUGAGAUAAUUAUUUAAGAUGAAUAAUAUGUGUAGAGUAAAGUCAAUUUGUGA